AAUAGAUCAACGACCUCCUGCUAAAGAUCAAGAAGUGAUUGAUAAUCAUACUAAUAACAACAACAACAACAAUAAUAAUAAUAAUAAUAGAAAAACAAAUGGCAAUAAUAGUCCCAUAGAAGAAAUUGUCAUCGAUGAUGGCAAUACUAAUAAUACUAAUAACAAUGACAAUAAUAAUGAUAAAUCAUUCGAUGAUGAAAUUGAUGGAACCACGAAAAGAAGAAGACACACCCCUCAUGAUGAUGUUGAAAUUGCAGAAAUCGAAGAUGAGGAUGAUGAUGAAGAUGAAGUGGAUAUAGAAGAUGAAGAUGUCGAAGAAGAAGAGGAAGAUGAGGAUGACGAAGAAGAUGAUGAUUUAGUCAUUCUUGAUGAUGGUCCUUCUCAAAUUAUAAAUUCAAAAACUAUCGCCACCUCCAUCCCAUUGGCCAAUGAUUUCAAAGCAUCGGCUGAUAGAUUAAUGAAACCGAUACCUGAUUAUCCCGUUAAAGAUGAAGCUGUUUAUGUGUGGAAUAUCAAAGAUUGGUCAUCCUUAAAAGAUGAAAAGGUUAGAUCGCCGGCAUUUGAAUGUGGUGGAUUUACUUGGAAUAUAUUAUUAUUUCCAAGAGGUAAUAAUCAAAACAAUUCUAUUUCACUUUAUAUGGAACCCCAUCCUAUUGUUAAAGAAGGUGAAGAAGUUCCUAAUGAUUGGUAUGUUUGUGCUCAAUUUGGUCUUGAUAUGUGGAACCCUUUACAUCCUGAUUGUCAUUUACCAAGUGGUUCUCAUCAUAGAUUUAGUAAAUCAGAUACGGAUUGGGGUUUUAGUUCAUUGAUUGAUCAUAAACAUUUAACAUCUACGUCCAAUCGAAGAACAAAUCAUCAUUCACAUGCAUUAUUAGAAAAUAAUCAAUUAAAUAUCACUGGUUAUGUAAAAGUUAUAGAUGACUCUUCUACAGGUGUUUUAUGGCAUAAUUUUGUCGAUUAUGAUUCCAAAAAGAAUGCUGGUUUCGUUGGUUUAAAUAAUCAAGGGGCAACGUGUUAUUUAAAUUCUUUAUUACAAAGUUACUUCACUACUAAAAUUUUUAGAAAAUUAGUUUAUCAAAUUCCAACGAUUAAUAAUUCUUCAUCAUCAGUAUCUUCAUCUUCAUCAAAAUUUUCCCCAACAGUGCCAUUAUCAUUACAAAGAAUAUUCUAUCUUUUAUCAACUUCAAAUGAUCCUAUUGGUACUUUAGAAUUAACAAAAUCAUUUGGGUGGGAUAGUUCUGAUGCAUUCACUCAACAUGAUGUUCAAGAAUUAAAUCGUAUUUUAAUGGAUAGAUUAGAAACUGCCAUGAAAGGAUCUGAGAUUGAAGGAAAAUUAAAUGAUAUCUUUGUUGGGAAAAUGAAAUCUUAUAUUAAAUGUGUUAAUGUAUCAUACGAAUCUUCCAGGGUAGAAGAUUUUUGGGAUAUUCAAUUAAACGUUAGAGGAUUUAAAAAUUUACAAGAAUCAUUUAAAAAUUAUAUUGAAAUUGAAAUGUUAGAUGGUGAAAAUAAAUAUCAAGCCGGUGAUGAUUAUGGUUAUCAAGAUGCUAAGAAAGGGGUUGUAUUCGAAUCAUUCCCACCUGUGUUACAUUUACAAUUGAAGAGAUUUGAAUAUGAUUUUAUGGUUGAUGAUUUGGUUAAAAUUGAUGAUCUUUAUGAAUUCCCUGAUAAAAUUGAUUUAAAACCAUUCUUAGAUGAAGAUUUACCUCAAGAAUUCAAAGAUCAAAAUUGGACUUAUAAAUUACAUGGUGUUUUAGUUCAUCAAGGUAGUAUUUCAAAUGGUCAUUAUUAUGCCAUGAUUAAACCAAAUGCUAAUGAUGAUGUUUGGUUAAGAUUUGAUGAUGAUAAAGUUUGGAAAGCAACUAAGACUCAAGUUUUUAAUGAAAACUUUGGUGCAAAUGAACUUGCACAAGAAGAUUUCCUAAAAUUAACUAGAAUUGAACAACAAGAGAAUUUAUUGAGAAGAGUUACUUCAGCCUAUAUGUUGGUAUACUACCGUGAAUCUGAUUUACCGGAGAUCUUACCAGAUAGUGAUAACAUGAUGCUUGACGCUAUUCCAGAUCACAUUCCUAAACAAAUCAAAGAUGAAAUUGAAGAACGUGAAAGAUUAGAACGUGUAAAACAAGAAGCUUUAUAUUUCACUAAUACUAAAUUUAUUACUACCAGUACUAUCAAUAAUCAUAUUGGAUUUGAUUUAUGUUUAGAUCCCACUCUUCCUAAAUUCUAUGACGAGUCUCUUUCUGGUAGUUUAUGUGAUCCAGUUACCUUUAAAGUCAAAAAGGAUGAUCCGUAUUAUUUAUUAUAUACUAUGAUUGGAAAACAUUUGAAAUACUUUGAUGAGAAUGAUGACGAAAUUAUUAAAGAUGAUAAGGAAUUACCAUUUAGAUUAGUCAUUGUUUGUCAUAGAAAUAAUCAUACUAAUAGGGUUGAUUCUGAAGUUGUGGAAGAAAAUCGUGAUGGUACUAUAAAUUCAGCUUAUUUCAAGUCAUUUAAUAGAAAAUUUGAUGAAUUCUUAUUCUAUCUUGAAGAAGUUAAUAAAGAUAUUAAUAAUAUCAAUACAGCUACCAAAUCAAGUGAAAUUAUUGAUCCUAAAGAUUUCAAAUUUGACCAAGUAUUUGCCAAGAUUAAUAAUAUUGGUCAAGAAGUCUACCCUGAUUUUAAAUUCCAUCCUAUUUAUGAGCAUUCUAAUCAUAUCAUAAUCUUUAUUAAAUACUUUGAUCCAAUUUCUCAAGAGAUUAGAGCUUUAUCCCAUAUAGUUAUCUCGAAGGAUACGGUUAUUUCAAAGAUUAUUAAACCAAUUAAUCAACUUUUAAACUUUGAUGAAAAUACCAUUUUACAGUUGUAUGAAGAAUUAUCUCCAGCUAAGAUUGAAAAAAUUGAUACUUCAUUAACUUUUGAAAAACAUGAAUUAAGUAAUGGAGAUAUUAUUUCAGUUCAAGUUGCAAAUGCAGCUGAAUUAGCAGGUGAUAAGAAAUUUAAAGACCUUAAAGAAUAUUAUAAAUUUAUGUUGACUAGAAUUCAUAUACAAGUGAAACCAUUCAAAGCUGAAAUCGACGAAGAAGAUAGUGAUUUUGUGGUGGAAGAAAAUAAGAAUGGUAAUGGUAGUGCAAACGGCGUUGAUGAUUUCAAAGAUAUUGAUGAACCUAAGGAUGUUGAAAUAGUAGAUGAUAUUUCUACUUUGAAACAAAUUGAAACAGCUAAGAGGAUAAGUAAAUCAUUCGAUUUCUGGAUAUCAACCUUAUAUACUUAUCAAGAGUUGGCUGAAGAAAUUGCUUCUAAGUUAGGACCAAAUGUUGAUCCAACUUAUUUAAGAAUAUUCGUUCUUAACAAUCAAGGUCUGAGAUAUCCCUUAAAGUCUUCUCAUCAUUUAUCAACAUUUUUACCUAAAACUGUUCCUGUUAAUCAAAUCAUUUCCUUUGAAUAUGAACUCUUAAAUAUCAAAUUACGCGAUUAUGAAAAUUUAAGAUCAAUUAAGAUUCAUUGGUUAACCAGUCUUUUACAAUAUCAAUUAUUUGAAUUAUUAGUUCCUAAGAAUGGAUCAGUACGUGAUUUAAUGAGUAAAUUAUUAAAUAAAGUGAGUACUCCUGCUAAAGAUUACAAACAUAUAUUAGUAUGGUCAGGUAAUAAUCAUUCAUAUAAUGAUUUGAUUAAGUUUGAUAAACCAAUUGAAGAAUUACAAGAUGGAAUUGAUCUUUAUGCUGGUGUUUUCCCAUCCGAAGUUGAAGUUUUAUCAAGCCAUGAUGUUAUCAAACGAUAUACGGAAGAGACAGUUGAUGUUGAUGAAUUUGAUAAUGACUUUAUAAAAGAGGAAUUCUUAUUAUCAAGAAAAUUAAGUAAAAGUCUUAAUAUAAUGACAGCAUUCCACUUUUAUAAGAAUAGUUCUUAUCAUCAUGGUAUUCCUUUCUUGUUAGCAGUUUUCCCAGAAGAAAAAUUUGGUGAAACAAAGGAAAGGUUAAGAAAGAAAUUGGGUUUGGGUAUUCAAGCAUUUGAAAAGAUCAGAUUUGCUUUAGCUGAUAAUCAAGAUAAAGGUGCGUACAUAGACAAUGAUGAUAUGAAUCUUUUUGAUGAAAUUGGUAAAGCACCAUUAACCUUGGCAUUAGAUCACCCUGAUAGAUCAUCUCGUCGUCAAGGUCAAUUUGAUAAGGGUAUUUCAAUCAAGUGAAAUAUGUUCAUAGUUUGCUCUCCUAUAAUAAAAAAUUAACGCCA